GCGUCGUUGGCAGCGUCGACCUCGGUAAGUAAACGCAGUCGGUACCGCCUGCGUCGUCGAGCUCAACCAUCAAUUGCAACGUGUCACGACGUCGCUAAUAGCUCCUAUCAGCUAGACCAUGGCACCCAACUUCUUUUCAAAGCUCGUGAAGCCUAGUACGUCUUCAUCUCCGAGCGGAAGAGAGAAUACGACUGCUCCAUCCCGUCAAAACAUUCACGCAUCUCCACAUUCUCAAAAUAUUUCACACCCAUCUCUUCCUGACCCCGCCAGUGACAAUUCUAGUACAAAAGGCAGUGUCAAAAUUGGUAUAAUUCCACCUUCCCCUCGUUCAGCCCUUUCUACUUUUCCUGAUCCUCCUCCGCAAGACCACCCUCCUGAUACAUCUCAACAUCGACGUGCCCGCUCACAGGACAGGAUGGUCCCAGAUAGACAUGCUUUAUCCUUCGCUGCUCGUCCCAUGACAAGUGACUCGUCUUUGUCCACAGAUGACAUGCUUCCAACUCCAACCCCCUCUCGUUCUCGUCCUGAAGAAUGGAAGACAAGCGCUGACAGCUCACCCAAAGCCUCUCAUCAGCUGACACCUGCAUCGUCCACCGGGAACCUGAAAGCCCUUAUAGACAAGCGCACCAACACUCAUCCUUCAAAUACUCACAAGGUGGUCGAUAGAACUCCCUCAAAGAAGUCACUACGCAAUAGGACACAGCCCCCAGCUCCACUCGAUUUCGAUCACUCCCAGAGUAAUACUCGUUCCGAUGCGCACCGGCGAACUGGUCGCCACGAACACAAUGCCGUCAUAAUUGAAAAUGGCCUCGUGGACUCACCCACCGCAAUAAGCCAUGCCCAAAGAGGCACCCAUCAUCAACAGGAGCUUUUACCUACCCUCACCGACGCCGACGCAAGAUCCAUCCGCUCAGCUAAUAGUUCAGCUUCAAAGAAGAAGAAAGGUUGGCGUCGUCCUUCACUCACUACUCCCACUCGCAAACAUCCUGGUGUUGCUCCUGCUACAGCCGCUUCUAGUCUCACCAUGUCCAAUACUGGUUCUCAAAUCUCCCCUGUUUCUCCUCUUUCAAAUUCGGCAUCAAAAAAAGUUACCAAUGGAACGGUCAGAUCAAAUGGUUCCGCUCGCUCUGCGAUGCAGUAUGCCGCUUCUGCCUCCGUGACGUCUAUGCCCAGUCCUGUCGAUGCCAGCGCUCGCACGAGGCACCCCUUGUCCAGUCGAGAUGACUUUUCAGACGGCCAGACAGACACGUUUGCUUCCAGCGAAGAGAGCGAGGGGUCGGAUGACGAACUUGAUAUUAAUGAAGAUAUUCCCGUCACGGGUUUCGCCGUUGCAAGCAGCAAGCGUAAUGCAGACUUCCACGAGUUGUUCCCUAGUAUUCCCGAAGGCGAUUAUCUCAUCGAAGAUUAUGGGUGCGCAUUACAGCGCGAGAUCCUCAUCCAAGGCCGGAUAUACAUCUCAGAGAACCACAUAUGUUUCCAUGCGAACAUUUUCGGGUGGAUCACCGACCUGUCAAUCCCAAUAUACGAAAUAACCGCUCUCGAGAAGAAGAUGACAGCAUUUGUCAUCCCCAAUGCCAUCCAAAUAACCACCCGACAGGCAAAAUACACCUUUGCCUCGUUCCUCUCCCGUGAUACGACUUAUGACGUGAUCGCCAAUAUCUGGCGACUCUCCCGUCCUGAUGAUACUCUAAGUCAAAACGGCUCGUCUGGCAACAUCAUUUCGCCCGCUAGUACUUCUGAUGUUUCAGGUCCCCUGGUCACGAGCGGAGGCAAAGAAACAGCUCCUGUGGCUCGCUUUAACAAAAACAAAGUCACGCACUGCGCAUGCUCGAAGAAUGCACAGCAUCUUAAUGAGAUCGCGCUAGAAACAGUAUUACCUGGGACACCGGACAAGAUUUAUAACCUGAUGUUUGCGAGUGGGUUUAUCAAGGAUUUUAUGCGGGUGGAUCAGAAGCUUAUGGAUGUGCAGAUAUCGGAUUGGAUUCCCACAGGCGACAACUUGAAGCUUUUGGCGCGGAAUAUGUCAUAUAUUAAGCCCCUGAACAAUAGCGUCGGCCCGAAGCAAACAAAGUGCGAGAUCCACGAUGAAACCUUGACCUGUGACUUUGAUGACCACGUCGUGAUGUUGACGACGACGAAGACACCCGACGUGCCUAGCGGAGGCGUGUUCACCGUCAAGACGAAGACAUGCUUAAUGUGGGCAAGCGCUAUUUCCACACGGGUGAUCGUCACCACGCAAGUAGAUUGGACUGGGAGAAGUUUCAUUAAAGGUCUGAUCGAAAAGUCAGCAAUAGACGGUCAAAAGGUAUACCACUCCGACCUCGACAAAGCCAUGCGGAUGUACAUCCAAGAACACCAAUCCGAAUUCAUCCCAGCAGGCGUAGACCCAACAGCCGUGGCACCCGUCGAGCCCCUCAGCCCCGUAAUCGAAUUCAUGAACCCCACUCUCCUCGGUGGCUCUUCGGGCAUCUCAGACGCGGCAGCCCGCAAGGCACGCGAACACGAACGUAACAGACGUGGGCUUCAAUGGGCAUAUGAGACGUUUGAUGGUGCCUACGGCGUUGCGACGCGCUCUACGUUUGGAGCGCUUGAACUUGUCAAGGAAGCUUGGGAACAGAGCUCGGCGAUGACGAUUUUAUAUUUCGUUAUUGUUAUUCUUGUGUUUAGUAAUCUGUGGACAUUGAUGCUUGUGGGUCAGAGGGAGGAAGCGGGGAGAAGGAAGGAGGCGAAGAGGACUGAGGAGAGGGAGAAGUGGGUGCAGGAUAUUGUUUCUCGGAUUUGGGAGGAGUUGGCUGUUGGGAGGGCGAGAGGUAAUAUUGGGCCUUUUGGUGGUGGGGCUGUUGGUGAUGGGUCGGUACUUGUGAGUCAAGUGGGCGGUGAUUGGAGGUCGGAGGUGGAUUCUAUCACUUCGACGUUGAAUGCUGUUGAGGAGCGGGUAAGACUCUUACGGGAGAGUCUGGAUGCUCUGGAUUAACUCAUGGGAGAUCUACGCUCUUAUGUACAUACUACGCUUAUUAUUGUAGACACUGGCUAACUUCUCGGCGCCAGCCCCUACUCGGUUAUUCUUAUUUUGUGUCCAUCGAAUUAAACGCAAGCUGAUCUUUUUGUUUAAUUUUGCAUUGGCAAAUAACU